AUGUACACAACGCCGUUCCAGAGCGAGGGCGGAACAUCUUCAGCUAGGUCGUUCCUGAAGUCGGUAACAUUCGUACUCGCUGGUCGGACCACGCUGUCAGAGCAUUGCCCUACGGAGCACAUCGAAGUCGAAUACGCCAUAGCCGAACGCUCACCGUACCUUCGCAUCUACCUUCCACAGCACGUGCGCGAUGAUCGACCUUUACUGCCCAUUCAGCUCGGCGACGUCGAUCCCGCAGGCUUCAAGCUUUACAUCGAAUGGCUCAUUACUGGCGUCGUGGAAUUGUCCACCCAAGUAUCUCUUCAACUCAACGCCUGUAUCGACCUCAUAUACGCGCACAUCGUCGGCUCCGCAUUCUCGCAACCGAACUUCCAAGACUACAUCAUCGACAAGCUAGCUUCUAUUCUUGACCCCGCACAAACUUUCGAUCAAAAGAUUCUUGAAAUGCUGUAUUUGGAAAAGCACGCGUCCACGUUACUGCGGAAGUUUGUCACGGACAAGAUGUUCGCGUAUGAUAGGAGGAUGCUGGGUAUGCUGCGGAAUUCCGUGGAGGACGUCGUGACGGGGAGUAGCAUGGAAGGGCGGGUGGGUUUGAGCAGACGGACAAGGUAA